CUAAAACACUGUCUCCCAUUCUUAACAAACACAUUAUGAAAAUACUGUACAGUGUUACACUUAUUCAUACGUACUAUAUAAAAACUACCAAAACAGACAUUUAGCUCCUGUAUACUUUCAUUCAGAACAGUAGCCACUCUCUCCACCGUCACUCUCAUUUUAUUUCUCUAGAAAACUCUGUUUCCUCUCUCACCUCUUAUUGAAAAAAGUAAAGGGACUAUUGUGUGUAAUCUCUUCAUUAUUGCUUCAAGAUCUUGUAACAAAUCAAAUCAUGGCUGCUUUUAUGUUGUCUUUGGUAUUUUUCUUGGCUAUCACUGGUCACUCAAGUGCUUCAUACUGUGUUUGCAAGGAUGGGGUAGAUGAAAAGAUUCUGCAGGAGAACAUAGAUUAUGCGUGUGGAUCUGGAGCUGAUUGUACUGCUAUACAUCAAGGUGGUGCUUGUUACAACCCUGAUACUAUCAAAGAUCACUGCAGCUAUGCUGUAAAUAGCUAUUAUCAGAGAAAGGGUGGGUCUGGUGCUAGCUGUGACUUCAAGGGUACUGCAACUUUGAGCUCAAAUGCACCAUCUUCCACUUCUGGAUGUGUAUAUCAGUCCACUGCUGGUGGUGGAAGCACAACUCCAACAACAGGAACCACAAAUCCAUCAACAGGUGGCACCGGCACCAGCACCAGCACCGGGACUGGCACAGGAAUGGGCACUGGAACAGGCACAACCACAACAGGGACUAAUCCAGUUUUUGGACUUGGACCAACAGGAAGUGGCAUGACCGACACCUCCGCGGGAACUACUACUCUUCAUCAAAGCAGCAGUAUCUUUUGCACAAUGGCCCUUUUGUUUACAAGCUUUGUAUACUUGAGGGUUUAAAGAAACAAGAAUGGAUGGCAGUGAAUGAUUGAAAAAAGGUUGAAAGGAAUAUAAGGGACAGUUGAGCAUUAUGCCACGGCAAUAUAAUUUGCAUGAAUGAUUCUAAUUGAUUAGAGUUUCUGGGUCAUUAGGGGGGAAUCGUGUGGACGCUUCUUCCACUUUUUUUUUUUUUUUUGUGAUUUUCUUUUUUUCCCCCUUGUUGCAUCAAAAAAUUGGAACUGGAUUCCCUUUAAGGGGAAUGCGCUGUUGUUUAUUAGUAGUAACUGCAGUAGUGUAGAAGGGCCACUCUUCUUUUUAGAUUUUUCCCAAUUUGUAUAUCUGGAAAGUAGAGAUAGGCUGUACUAUUUUUUAUUCAAAUAUUGUCACCAAUGACUACUCGCGCUACCCUUCCCCUUCUGUA